ACAUUGAAUCGAUAAAUUUGUACUAUGCCAACUAUGAUUGAAGUGUUUGCUGAUGGCCGGGGUGGGCAGGUGGAGCAUUUGAGAGAGCAAGGGACUUGCAGGAGGCGCGUCGAGCUGCCGCCUGAUAGAUGUAUACACCUGAUACCGCUGAUACCGGAACCCUUAGGCGCUACUCAGCUACUCAGUUCUUAUAUUUGGAUGAUGACACACGCAUUGACAACGGCUUAAACGCUUCUAAUUGCCAACAAUAAUUGAUUGACGUCGGCCACAAGCUGAAGUUAUUUGAGCCCGCUUCUGAUGUUGCGCUGAGGUAGAGCUGACAUUUGUUGUUGUUGUUGUUGUUGUUCAUUCGAUAUUCCUGGAACAUGACCCACACUUGAUGCUAAGUGUGCCACAAUACAUACGUAUAUCCAGAGGCAGCCGUUGAUGAAUCACUCGCAAUGUCCGCAAUGAGAACGAGCAGCACAAUUCUGGGGCAUGAUGACCCAGCCAAUGUUAAUCGUACUACACACACACUGCGCCACCGUCUCACCCGCCUCUUCCACAUUCUUUUCUAGGGGCUGCAACGGGAAGAAGCUUUGGCCAGAGGAGCUUGACCUGCUCGAGCUUAACCCUGCCAUACAGAGGACUCCCCACACACACCGCCUUAGCACCUCUUACAUAUUGGCAGACGCAGCAUUCAUCAUCUGUAAAGAUCCAUAUCUUAUUGGCAAGAGGAAGCACAGCAAAGGCAUGUGGCAUGUGGUCAGCUGCCUCAUGCAGUCCACAUCCGCUGAGUCGUCGGAAAUCUAGGUAUGCAUAUGUACACAGCUGGAGCUCGAUUCCUACUAUGUAUCCAGCUAGCCUUUGCCUGAGAGUUCAGUAAAAAUUGUAGCUAAAUUUAGGUGUGCACACAAUUUCCAAAAGCAACAACGAAUUGAAAUACCAAACAUCGCUAUACGUACAUACACACAGACCCAACCACGCAUACAACAUACAAAUUGGCAAUGGAGAUGGCCAAGAGGAGCAUGGGCAGCACUGGCGCAGUUGGCGCUGUUGGCGCUGCUGGCCCUGGCCGACACCGUCGAGCCGCAGCUGUCUCAACGGCCGCAGCGCCGCUCAAGAAGGCGAAAGCCAAGACCAAGCCCCUGGAGCUGCUCGUGGUUGGACAGCAGCUGACGAUGCAACCCAUGUUCAGGCGCACCACCAAGCCAAUGGCAACAGCUGCUGCCCCUGCAGCAGAAGCAGAGGCAGCCGCACCAGCCCCACCAGCCGCACCAGCCGCAGCUCGUGUCAGCUACCAGUGUGGUCCGCCUGUGGAAGAGCAGCUGCUGGAGGAUGGCGACUUCAUGUACGUCUACAGGGCUUAUCCCUUCGAGCUGUGGAGCCAACCGGCGCAGCUGGACAUGCCGCAGGAGUCGCUGACAUGGCUGGCCAAGCAGCAGCAGCAACUACUGCACUCGCAACAGCAGCAACAUCAGCAACAGUCGCUGCAUCUACAGCAACAACCACAGCAGCAGCAACAGCAGCAAGAACAACAGCAACAAGAGCAGCAGCAAGAGCAGGAGCAACAGCAACAGCAACAGCAACACGAGAAGCAGCAGCAGAAGCAACCGCAACAACGACAGCAACAGCAGCAGCAACAGCAACAACAAAAGCAGCAACAGCAGCAGCAACAGAAGGAGCAACAGCAACAGCAACAACAGCAAGAACAACAGAAGCUACAGCAGCAACAGCAA